CUCAAAACUCCCCCAGCCUCCGGAUGGAAUAGCAUCGACGAAGAAGCCUUACGCGCGAUUGGCAAAAACGACACUGUGGUUGACCUGCUACGCUAUCUGCCAUAUCUUGACGAACGUGGCGAUGAAUACCUUGUAGCAUACGAGACUAUACCAGUCGAUUAUACUGUCGAGUCGUCAACGAUAAGUGAGGAAGUGCAUCCUCUGCCCAGUCAUUGUGUCUAUAUCAUCAAAGGCUUGGGUCGCGAAGGAUAUAGUCUUAUUGUUGACACCGAGAAAGGUAUGAGCCAAUCCAUAUCGCUAGAAGAAUUAGCUGAUGGAAAGUGNAAAGGCACCACAACAGCAUUCAGCAUGAUGCAUUACGAGGUGGAUCGAGACCACUCUAAGCGUCUGCCUGAAGACCAGAAAUGGAGAACCCAUCGCACACUCCCGACCGUCGAAUUUUUCGCCGCCUGGACACUGCGAUGUGAGAAAUUGGUGUGGUUCAUAUCUCCGCGCUCGUGGUCGACAUGGGGUCACUUACACUACAGAACACACAACCGGCAGCAAGAACAGGAACUAUGUGAUCAAGGCUUGACACCAUACCAACGAGAAGAACAGCUCUGCAAUCAAGAGUUGACAGAAUGGGUUCCUGAUCUCACCGAAGCAGAGAGAAUCGAAGACGACAUCAACAGACAGAGCAAAAUAUUGGAUUUGAAUUAUGCUGCGGAUAUCUAUAAUACAUAUCUUCGAUAUGGUUGGAGUAGUGCAGCUUCUGACAAGAGGGGUUGUAAGAUUGCGAUGUUGGAGCUUGAGCAGAUUCAUGAGAAGGAAAAUAAGCGCUUGAUGAAUCUCUGCAAUCCAGACGCUGAGAUGUUCGAUCGAUCCACUCGGACUAUUGCUUGA